AAAGGGGAGAAAAAGACCAUUGGCGGUAUCAGCCCAAGGCUACAACAACUUGCAGACUUGGUAUCACAAGCUCUGGGUCUUACUUUACUACAGACCUACCAAAUUUACGGCUAUGGCUGUUGGUGCGGCAUUGGUGGAAUGGGAAGAACCGUGGAUAAGUUUGAUUUGUAAGUUAAGGGAGAAGAAUAUUGAAGGGGACUCGCAAUAAACCGUCGAAACGUCGCGAUUUAUAUCCCAGCUGACUAGGUACAUCGUGAAACAAAGAACAGAAUUUGAUUACUAUUGUCGUUCAUCAAGAUUGUUGACCACAACCUUUAUGCCUUUUCACAGUAUCGUUCGAUUCCUAUUCAGCAUUCUUGCUUUCCUUUUCCAAUUCCUUCUUCCUUUUUACUCAGAAAACGAAGUUGUUUUCUGUGUUUCGGCAGUCAUUCCUUCCUUCGUCUCCUGUUAACUUUUAGUGAAUCUUCUGACCAGUACAUAGGGGUUUCACAAUCGCUUUUGUGCUGCAGUCAAUUGUUUAGGUGUGUGUGUGUGUGUAUGAGUGCAUUUUUAAUAACUUUAGGCACUCACUGGUCAACUUGUUCGAUGGAAGUUAAAAAGGAAGAUCUAUUUUUUUUUCUUUUAACUUCAGUUGUUGCAAAGCCCACGAUUUUUGCGAGCUUAACUUAGUUAAACCGGAUAAAUGUGGUGGUAACUUCCGCAAUAUUGAUCAGAGAUUCGAGUACGACGCAGCUACUGACACUUGCAGUGAGUAUUAUCAAUAUUUU